UUUCUGCUAUUUGCAACAGCAUCUAACGGAAGCGGGGAUGGUACGAACAUGGCGGUCCGUUGCAAUGAAAACGAUAAAAGGCUGCUCUCGAUCUUCAAACAAGGAGUGGUAGAUCCAAAAGACCAUCUCUCCUCUUGGGCUGUUGAAGAUGAUUGCUGUUCAUGGGUUGGAGUUCACUGUGACAACAUCACAGGCAGGGUUAUGAAGCUUGAUCUUUUCAAUCAUGCAUUUGGAGGUGAGAUAAAUCUAUCUCUGCUUCGACUUGAAUUUCUCAACCACUUGGACUUGAGCUCCAAUGACUUUAUAACUGUGAGUAUGUCACCAUGCCAAUUCUCCAAAUCUCCUGUUGAUGGACACAAAUUUGACAACCACUCACUUGCUACUCCUUCUAAUCAAUCAGAAAAUUUUUCUGUUUCUCUACGCUUUCUUGACUUUUCUGACAAUUUUAAGUUAGUCAUAAGUGAUCUUCAUUGGCUUUCUCAACUUACUUCCCUAAAAUAUCUUGACCUCAGCGGCAAUGAUAUAGGAAAUGAAACCAAAUGGCUCCAUUAUAUGGCCAUGCUUCCUUCACUCUCUGAGUUACACUUGAGAUUUUGUCAAUUGAGCAAUUUUCCAUCCCUUGAUUAUGCCAAUUUUACAUCACUUGAAGUUCUUGAUCUUUCAUCAAACUUCGAUACCAAAUCAAAAUUACCUUAUUCACUCUUUAAUGUUACCAAUCACAUCUAUCAUCUUGACCUCAGCGGGUGCAAUUUCUUUGGCGAAUUACCAUUAGCCUUGCUCAAUCUUGAACACCUUCAAUAUUUACAUUUGGGAUUUAAUAAUCUCGAAGGAUCAAUUCCAUAUUGGUUAGGUCAAUUUGAACGGUUGCAGUAUUUUGAUAUCUCUGAUAAUAUGUUCAAUGGUUCAAUUCCAUCAUCUUUAGGAAAUAUUUCUUCCUUAAUUUCCUUACACUUGUCAUCUAAUCACUUGAGUGGCUCUCUUCCAGAAAGCCUUGCAAAACUCCUUAACUUGAAUCACUUACACAUUGGACACAAUUUCUUGGUGGGUGUACUCACAGAAAAGAAUUUUUCAAAUUUCUCAAAUUUAACAUCUUUGGACUUGAGUUCAACAAGUUUCAAAUUUGAUAUUGAUCCUCAAUGGAUCCUACCAUUUCAACUUGAGGAAUUGGAUAUGAGUAACACAAGUAUAGGGCCAAAUGUUCCAACAUGGAUAUAUACUCAGCGGUCUCUAGAACAUCUAUACAUUUCUAGAUCAGGGAUUUCAACAAUUGAUGCAGAUGUAUUUUGGAGCUUUGUAGCAGGAAUUGAUUAUAUUGAUUUGUCACACAACUUGAUUAGUGAAGACAUAUCCAAUAUCACGGUAUUAGCAAAUGUCUCUUCCUUUUUUGCAUCUCACAACUCUUUGUCGGGAUCUAUUUUCUCGUUAUCGUGCCAUCUGGAGAGUGAUGAGGAAAGCAAGUUGUCUGCUUUGGAUUUAUCACAUAAUCAUUUGAGUGGAGCUCUUCCUGAUUGUUGGUCCAAUUGGAAACAAUUACGUUUCCUUGGAUUGGGGAGUAAUAAGCUUACAGGUGAACUUCCUCCCUCAAUGGCUUCAUUGAUUCAUCUUAUGCUCUUAGAUUUGAGUUAUAAUAGUUUCUUUGGCAAAUUUUCAUUAGACUUGUCAAAUUGGACAGAUUUGGAAUGCCUCAACCUAGAACAAAAUAAAUUUUCUGGAAGUUUGCCAAAUACAAUUCAGCAGAAUAUGAUGGUUAUCAAAUUGAAGGCCAAUCAAUUUACAGGCAAUAUUCCAUCUCAGAUGUGCAACCUAUCUUCUUUAAGGAUAUUGGAUCUUGCUGUCUGGAUCCAUACCUCAUUGCCUAAAUAACAUCAUGCGUUCAUUGCCUGACAAUGUUUUUAUUGUUGAUGAUGAAUUUCAUUUAUUUACUAAAGGAAGAGAAUUGGAUUACUACCAGGAUGACUACUAUCUUAAGCUGAUUGAUUUUUCCAACAACAAUUUAUCUGGAGAAAUUCCUAAAGAAUUGUUUUAUUUGACUGAAAUGUGGUCGUUGAACUUAUCCCGAAAUCACUUGGUUGGAAAGAUUCCGAAAGAAAUUGGAGGCAUGAAAAGUUUGGAAUCUCUUGAUCUCAGCAACAAUAGACUCUCUGGGGAAAUUCCUUGGACCAUCUCUAAUUUGUCUUUUAUUGCUUAUUUGAACCUCUCAUACAACAAUUUUAACGGGCAAAUUCCGUUGGGAACUCAAAUUCAAACUUUUGAUGUCUGGAGUUUUGUGGGCAAUCUUGAACUUUGCGGAGAUCCUCUUCCAAAGAAGUGCAAUGUGAAAGAAGAAACUUUCAACUCAAAUCCUGCUGAAGGAAAUGAAGAUGACAACUUUCUAAAGUCAUUGUAUCUUGGAAUGGGGGUUGGAUUUGCAGUGGGCUUCUGGGGAGUUUGUGGUUCUCUCUUUCUCAUUAGGGCAUGGAGACACAAAUUUUUUCAAUGGUUUUAUGAUUUGGUAGAUCAACUUUGUGUUGUCGUGGUCCUGUGUUUUAAAAGCUCUUGUUGAACAUGCAUAAGGAACAAACUACUCUUGAGUGCAACAGGAAGCAUGGAAUUCAAUACUAUUUAGCUUCUGCUUCAUGCAUCAACUGGGGCAUUGCUGCAGAUUCGUAUUUUCCAGGCCUCGUUGUUUCCUGUUUAAUGUCCUUUCAUCAUCUUAGCUAUACUGAACAGUGAAAAAGAGAGAGGAGAGGUAAUAACAAUUAUUAAUGUAUAUGUGUGUUCUCAUGCAUUGUUGUGUGAAGAAUCUUUUGUUGAA